ACCAUGUCUGGCCGUGGUAAGGGCGGGAAGGGCUUAGGAAAAGGAGGCGCCAAGCGCCACCGAAAGGUGUUGCGUGACAAUAUCCAGGGAAUCACCAAGCCUGCCAUCCGGCGUCUGGCUCGCCGCGGGGGCGUCAAGCGUAUUUCGGGUCUCAUCUAUGAGGAAACUCGUGGGGUGCUGAAGGUGUUUCUGGAGAAUGUGAUCCGGGACGCUGUCACUUACACCGAGCACGCGAAGCGCAAGACGGUCACUGCCAUGGACGUGGUCUACGCGCUCAAGCGCCAGGGCCGCACUCUCUACGGCUUCGGCGGUUGAGAACAGAGGAUGUGCGGUAACU